AUGGCACACAAGCGUAAAUCAACGGGGAAAGAUGAGGGUCGCUUGUCGAAGAAAGCCAGGGCACCAACUUCAACAUCGGCAUCUACGCGAUCAAAGACCGAGGCCGAAGCGCCAGUAGUGAAACAGACACGAGGAAAUCCAGUCCACACAGCAACUGUUCAUACUCUAGAUGACGGAACGGAGCCAUCACACGUUGAAUGGGCCUUACCCACAAAAGCCGACAACAAAACCAUCGACGACAGUGCGGCAAUCACACAGUUCGUGCCCCUAUUCUCCAAUCGACACUGGUCACGCACGCGUACCCUGCGCGUGCCAUUCCACGCCUCGCCAUUGCGAUCCCCUUUAUACAAAAAAAGGGGGUCACCGGAUAUGGAAGCCGGCUCGGACCCAAACAAAAGCAGUCACUGUCUGGUGCAAUUGUUCAAUCGGAUCAAAAGGCGUACCGAGUCACCUAAUGAUGACACUGUACCAGGAACAUACCAACGAGCAGCUUUUGAACGCGCGUUUGGAACCGGCGACGAGCAAUUCGCUGUUGUAGCGUCGACUUCAUCGACAGACGCUAUCUUCACAGUGACUCACGACUACCAGGUAGAUGUUACCCUUCGGCACUCUCCUCAUAGGCAGGACCAUGCUCGAAUCAACUUCAUCCGCCGCCUACCGCCCGGCGCCGAGCACGACAGGAGCACUCCCUACGCAUACUUCAUUGUCGUCCCACCGCAGACGAAGCUCACAAUCAACGGACAAACUUAUAUCAACGAUGCGCCUCACGACAGGAAAACGGCGGCUAAGGCAGAUGCUGUUGAGCUUUCCGGGCGAGACGAGAAUGGGGAUGUUGAUGAGGGUAUCGUGGAUAUCGCCUGGUCGUCAUCCGAAAGACGGCCACCGAGGUCAGCGACUGGUCUUCUAGACCUCGACGACCAGGCCGAGCAUCCUAGUGACGACGAGUGGACGGACGACAGCGGGGAGGCAAUCGAGGAUAAUUGUGGCUACCUGAAACGUCGUUUAUGGGCCCCUCAGCGUAUGUGUCUCGACGAGCUUAUCCCUCGCGUAUUGACAAGUAUCAAUCUUCGCCAGGCUCCGUCCUUAGGCUUCAGCUUCACGUACACCGGUCGGAAAUUUCGGCCCGGGAGGACGCUCAUCACGGCUGUACCGCACCAGAACUACCACGUCAUACUCAUCGUUCUUCAAAACGAUGUUGCGAAGCCCGAACUGCGGAUUCUGGACCCGAUGGCAUGGCGAUCGAAGAGAGCAGAGAGGGCGACACUCGUCACACACGCUAACGAGUUGAUACUAAGACAGGACUCGAGGCCAGGCGUCGCUAGCGAGAAGGAAGGUCAGGAGGGCGAUGCUCCUCUGUCUGUGACCUGGGCUCCAUGCGCCCAGGGCGCGAAUGAGGAAGAUGCUUCUACUUUCACCAUUCUCAACGCAUGGGCUAUCGCGAUGGGCUUGCGUGUCGACUCUGCUUUCACGCCGGACCAACACGGCGGCGAAAAUUUCUUCACAAGAGCGCAAUGGCUGUUCGAUAUCGCCCGACGGGAUUCGCUAGACUGGAAAUUGUUGCUUGCGUUCUUCAAGUGUACACGGUUUAUCGAAGCUAAGGAGCCGGCAGGGGAUGAAGUAGAUCAUGUGCUUCCGCCUCUUGAUAGACGGUUCAGGCAGAGCAGAAGGAGCUUUGAGCGCGCGAUCAAAGAGCAAAAGGAGGCAGACGAUGCAGAGCUGGCCGGCCCCAACGCGGACACUACGUCCUGUCUAGCUGUCGAAACAGGCACGGGCAUAGCACACUCGGCUCUGUUUCCAGCUGACGAGACGCCUGACAAGCUCUUAAGUGACCCACCUCCUUUCGCCAAUCCAGCUCAUUGGCAGUUGGCGGAGAUCGCAGCACGCCUCGUCGAGCAGUCCAACCGAUUCAACCGCGCUGCCCAGUCUACAAACCCACCAGCAGCCCCGACCCCCUCUGCACCCAAGAACGGCGCUACUCCGUUCAAAGCAAAUGCGUCGGGUCCUACCAAGCCUCUUGCUGGAACAGCGCCAACAGCACGAGGGUCAAUCGAAAGUCAAGAACUCGAUGAAGACUUCAAUGCGUGCGACUUCUUCCACAAAGAGAUAACCGCAAGAAAAGCACAAGUCCACAUCGAAGAUCAGAGCAGCGUCGACCUCUCCCAGGGACCCGCACUGAGCUCAAAAGACGUCUUUGACAGUAUCGAUACGGUCGCGCGCGCCCUGAACCGACUGCAGCGCGCCGAAGAAGGCACUGCCGUGGUUGGGCAAUCACUGCAAAGAAGAGGAGCUGUCAGGUCAGACAGCGAUCCAAAGCUGCUAACGGAUGGCGUUCUGCUACUACCGUGGCAGUAUGAACAGCACACGCUGCUUGUCGUCGCACAAUCCGCCUCCAAGUCCCCCGGGGGUAACGUAUUGACAUGCCACGUCGUCGACUCUGCGCCCUGGACACUGAAACAGGACAAGCGACAGCAGGUCCGCGACGCUGUCGUGUCGGUUCUCGAGGAGCACUGGCGCCCUGAGCACGCUGCAGACGGGGCGAAUUUGGCUCCUGGGAUGACUUGGGUGUGGGGACCUCGACAGCGCGAUCUGUGGCAAUGCAGGUACCACGCCAUCUUCAACGCGUGGAGUGUCAUGCUGGACUGCACGCUCAACACCAACUUUACUCCACGCGGGGAUUUCUUCCAGCGGGGGCGCGAGGUCAUCGCUGUCGUGCUCGCGGGGUGUGCGGAUUGGAAGCUGAUUUAUUCUUUUUUGCUCUGCUAUGGAUAUGUGAAGCAGGGAGAGCUGCCUGGUGAGGAGCGGCGGUUUGCAUCCACUGUGGACGGGCGAGAUUUCAAAGUCGAUCUGACUCUCCGCAAAGCAGCACCGUAUGGCUAUGAUUUCUCGAAGCGCGUUGAUGCCAGAUUGCAGAGACCUUAUGAUGUGGUAUUCAAGAACUGGAACGGCUGGGACGAAACCGACGUCUCCGUCCGCCUCCCAGCUCUCUUCAAGGCGGACAAAUCUCCCCUGAACCUCGAUACAACGCAACUACGAGACGCGUACCACGAGCUCGUUACGCAGCCGCGCCAGUCCACAGCCGAUUUCACCAACACAGACAGGCCGUGCGUAUACGUGAAAGAGCGGCUCGCAGCGCUGCUAAGCGACGAGGACACGCGCCAACGCCUCGGUUCGCUCAGAAGCCAAUCCUCAGUGACCACAAAGGCAGGUUCAUGGCUCUUGAACGAGGAAGUAGCUCUGGCGAUUGCAUCAGUGACGCUAGCGAUCACCAGCAUCCAAGACGUCACCAAGGGAUUCUGUGCCGUCUCCGGAACCGACGUGCAGGUGUGUUACCAAACGACCCAGGAACACAGACAAGAUAUUGGGAUCAAACCGGUUCCGCGGUUCGGAAGACCCAUGUUCGUGCCGAUAGUAGAGGGGAGCCACACUGUCUUGGGCGUGGUGCAACUCGACCGCAACGACAACAUGACCGUGUCUAUUCUAGACUCCAAGGUAGCGCACUACAGUAGAGCCACGAGGACCAGGGUCUUCAACAUGGUCAUGGCGACAGCAGAGGGCAUGUCGUGGUGGCAAGGGAAAUUUGCGUCUUGGAAAGACGUCCUGCGGCCUAGCACCGCUACGUGGAUUACUUGCGCACAGCAGCCUAGCGACGAUGAGUGCGGGUACUUGGCGAUCCUGAACAGCUGGGCGCUGGCGCUGGGUUUGGAGUUGAAUCCCCAAGCUGCACCCAUCUGGGACAGUAAGGCUACAGGGACAGACAAUCUGUUUCAGACGGUGCUCGAUAUCGUCCAUCUCGCGCGUCUGGGCUUGGUGGACUGGACGCUUAUAUACGCCUUCCUGCGAUGCCAUCGUUUCGUGCACGAAGGAACUGUACCGCGAGAUCGCCGCUUCACCAACACGGUGCGGUUGCAGGAUGAAAAUGAGCUGAAUGAGCGCUUGCAGGGGUUUAGUGAGCAGGAUACAGAGCACUGGUUGCUGGAGAGCAGUGCCCUGAACGACAUUAGGAGAAGCAAUGCAAUCCCCUUCCCCGAGGGACUUGAACACACUUCCUUUCCUGAAGAUGAAUGGGCAACAACAGCAAGACCUGCCAACCUGCAGAAAGCACUCGCGCUGUCUGCUCUGGGACAUGUACACAUCUGGAUGUCGAGCGCCGAGUUCUUGCGUUUCUACCAGUACUUCUGCGGUGGGACAAUUGCGCAGACUAAAAACAUGGGACUGCGAAUUGGUGCAGACAAGGCGACGUUCUUCUUGAAUUCGCUCCGGUGGCAGAGAAAAGCAAUCAAAGGGACUACUCGCGAACACUUACUCGGCGUAUACCGAGACUUCCUCAGCAACGCGAGGUCGCAGAAAUCGAGCUUGGCCCGACUUCAAGAACGACACUGCGCGGUUACCGGUGAGGGUCUUGGUCUGCUGCAGACAUUGUUUGCGAAUGCGGAGUUGGACAGGAUACUCGCGAGUGGGAUCCCAAACAUACGACGUGAGAGGUAUCUGGACUUGGGAGAAGUGAAUCUCGCCAUCGCGGCGGUCGUCGAGGCCAUUGACGCUCGCCAGGCGAGUCUGCACCACGCGACCUGCACCGCACCAUUCACUGGUGGCUUCGCAUUGGCGACACGGAACCACAUGCAGAUAGCGCGCAACGAUGCAAGUGCGGACGGGGCUGUCUCGCGGCCUAGGAGAUGCUUCCUGCUGCCCAUGACGAUCAACGACACGGAUAUCCAGCGGGAGCAACUGACGCUGCUUGGAAAUACAAACGCGUCGGAUAUCGAUUGGAGCCAAGGAAACAAAAGCCACCACUUCCUCGCGGUAGUGCAAGAGGAGUCUCGCACGGCAACGUUGAACAACCCAGCGACGCGGCAAUUCUGCAUCUACACGCUCGACAGCGCACCACGGCGGUUCAGAGAGGAUGUAGUGCAGCAGCUUUUCCACAAGACGAUACGCGACACAGCCACCAAUCUAGGUUGGACGCGCCAGCGCAACGAAGACGGAGCUGUAAGAUUUCGACAGCAGCACAGCCAGGUCGGCGUGUUCCCCCAGUUGGGCGGCGGCUGGCAGUGCGGGCUGCACACGAUUUUGAACGCGUGGAUCCUCGCUCUAGGACUUAUGCCGCGGUCUGAGCACCUCGUGCCUGGUGCAGACUUUUACAAUGAGUUCUGGGUGCUGGUUCGUGCAGCUGUUGCGGGACUGCUGGAUUGGAAGACGCUGGUUGCGUGGCUGUUUUGCAACAAUCUUGUUACGUCACGCUCGCUAGCUUCAGUUCCGGACGAUCGACGGUUCGAGACGACACGGUAUCAGGACUGUUCGUCGAGUACAGAUGAAUAUGGAGAAUAUGAGUUCUUUGGUGAGGUGGGUCUGGUCGGCCGUGUGGAAAACAUGUUCAUGCAGGAUCUUGCGGCCGUGUUGGAAACGGAGGCGCCGUACGACCAUAGCAGCAACGUUGACUUUUCUGGGGCAAACAUUGUUGGUGCUGCUGCUGGCGAUGGGACAGAUUCCAAAUCUGAAUCUGGAUCUGAAGACCAGGAUUCAGAAGCCGAUUCAGACGAUGAAUCUUCCGAACCCUCAAACUCCUCAACCUCCUCCACCUCCUCCACCUCCUCAGACCCCUCAACCUCCCCAUCCUCAAUCCAACCAACCAACCCCAAACCAGAAGACAAAGACAAAGACAAAGACAAAGAUGAAGACGAGGACGGAGACAAAGCCAAAGAUGAAAACGAAUCGGACACCCUAACCGACCGCGACGCCGAGGGCUGCACAGACGACGGUGACGACGACAAAACCAACGAAAACGAUGAGCUCAAGAGCCUGAAACGGACAUUCGAUGAUCUAGAUGUCGAUGUCGAUGUCGAUGUCGAUGUCGAUGCCGAUGUCGAUAUAGAGCUUAACAGGCCGCAGAAGAGGGUCAGUUGGGGUCGUGGUUAUAGUCAUCUGAACUUCCUCGCGGAUGUGGACGGGGAUUGUGGCGGGGAUGUAGAUGUGAAGAUGAUGAGACCGCCGUGGCAGAGGAUUGCGGGGUUAGCGUUUCUAGCUGCGUUGUGA